AUGCCACUGUCGGCGACGGCGGAUACAAGCAAGACGGUGAAGCUGGAGAGGUACAACAGCUACCUCCGGAAGAUUCACAGCACCAAAGUCCUCAACGCUUCUUCUAAAGUCCUCUUCCGAGCAACACUCCUCGUCGCUCUUGUCCUCGUCCUCCUCUUCGCUCUCAACUACCCUCCACUCUCCGACAGCCGCGCCGCCGCAGCACACCACCUCCACCGUCGCAGCUUCUUAUCAACCGGAAUCUUCUCUUCCUCCUCCUCCUCCUCCUCCUCCUCCUCCUCCUCUUCUCUCACCCAAGGAGCCGCUUGGGAGAAGCGCGUGAGACAGUCCUCAACCGCAAAACGACCACACGGCCUCUCCGUCCUCGUCACCGGAGCCGCCGGCUUCGUCGGAUCCCACUGCUCCAUCGCGCUGAGAAAACGCGGCGACGGAGUCUUAGGAUUCGACAACUUCAACGACUACUACGAUCCUUCCCUCAAGAGAGCAAGACAACAGCUUCUCGAGAAGCAACAAGUGUUCAUCGUCGAAGGAGAUCUCAACGACGGACCUCUCCUACGUAAGCUCUUCGACGUCGUCCCGUUCACUCACAUCCUUCACUUAGCAGCUCAAGCCGGAGUCCGUUACGCCAUGAAAAACCCUCAGUCUUACAUCAGCUCCAACAUCGCUGGAUUCGUCAACCUCCUCGAAGUAGCGAAAGCCGCGAAUCCUCAGCCGGCGAUUGUUUGGGCUUCGUCGAGCUCCGUUUACGGACUCAACACCGAGAAUCCGUUCUCCGAGGAGCACAGAACGGAUCAGCCGGCGAGUCUCUACGCGGCGACGAAGAAAGCAGGAGAAGAGAUCGCUCACACUUACAACCACAUUUACGGUUUAUCCUUAACCGGACUCCGGUUUUUCACGGUUUACGGUCCUUGGGGAAGACCGGACAUGGCUUACUUCUUCUUCACUAAAGACAUCCUCCACGGCAAGUCCAUCGACCUCUACAGGACGCAAGACAACAAAGAAGUGGCGCGUGACUUCACCUACAUCGACGACAUCGUCAAAGGGUGUGUCGGUGCGUUGGACACGGCGGAGAAAAGCACCGGAAGCGGCGGGAAGAAGCGAGGACCGGCGCAGUUACGGGUUUACAACCUCGGGAACACGUCUCCGGUUCCGGUCGGGAGAUUGGUUUCGAUUCUUGAAGGUUUGUUGGGGACGAAAGCGAGGAAACAUCUGAUCAAAAUGCCGAGAAACGGUGACGUGCCUUACACGCAUGCGAAUGUGAGCUUAGCGUAUAGAGACUUUGGGUAUAAACCGACGACGGAUCUCGCGGCGGGGCUGAGGAAGUUCGUCAAGUGGUACGUUGGUUAUUACGGGGUACAGCCGAGGGUAAAAAAGGAAAAUUCUCAUGCCGAAGAUUCCGCUUAA